AACCGAAGAAGACGCGGAUAAGAGCAUUUAAUAUUCGUAUAUAAUGGAAAAUAUUUUUCGUAACUGAACUGUUUAUAAAGAAAUUAUUUCUAAGCCGUAGUACAAUUAAAAUAAAGUACAUUUUAUGUGAUCAAUGAGUAAAAGUUGUGUAAAGUUGAGAGAAGUUCAUAAAAAUUAAAAAAUAAUGACAGUGGUUAAUCCCUUUUGCCUGUCGGGUGUGAGGGGGUUCAUUCAUCAGGUGCUUAUUGUUAUACUGAUAAACAUCCCAACGUUGUCGUUUGGUCUGGCCUUCGGUUGGGUGUCCUUGGUCAGUGGUGAAAAUGGCGAGGGGGAGGGGGAGGCGGUGGUAGCUGGUGUCACCACGUUCACGGCCUGCAUGGUGGGAGUACCACUUAGCGCGUGGGCCAUCAGCAUCGGGAGGAAAUUCGGUAUCAUCGCCACGUCAUUCCUGUUUGUGCUAUGCUGGUCCCUGAAGCUGGCAAGUGGCAGUAUUGGGAUGUGGACAGUCGUCUGCGCACGAGUUGUUGCCGGUCUGGGAGGGGCCUCAGCCUGGGCGUUGGCACCAUUGUUGGCUCGUGAGAUGUGCAGCGACAAAUACAGAGGAGCUGCAGUCUCGACUCUGCCCUUGAUGCAUAACCUGGGGAUCCUACUGAUGUAUAUAGCCGCUGACUCUGGUUUGUCACACAGUACAAUAUUAUGGACGUGUCUUGGAGUGUCUGUGGUCCAUUGCUUCGUGUCACUUCUUAUGCCUGAGUCUCCAGCCUUCCUCGCCGCAAAGGGCAAAACUGAUGAGGCGCAGAAAUCGCUAGCGUGGUUGCGCGGUAUGUCCCCCGGCGACCCCGCGCUGAGCACCGAACUGGCGACCCUGCCCACGCCGGAGCCCUACGAGAGAUCGCCUUUCGGUCUAGCCAAAGCUAUGUUACGUGAUCCUCGUCGUAGAAAAGCGUUUAUCAUCGGAACCGUUGCUAUAGUCGGGCAGGAGAUGUGUGGAAUACUCGCCAUCAUGCAGUACGCUGAGCGAGUGUUCAUACUGGCAGGGGAUGUAAAAUCUGAAGCUACAGUUGUACCGGAAGAUACGGAGGUCCUAGAGUCUAUUACGUCACCAUCCCGUCAUGCGGUGAUUCUAGGCGCUGUUCAGUUUGGCUUCUCAGCGUUUGCUUUGUAUUUGGUCGAACGUGUCGGCAGACGGCCAUUGUUGGUGACCUGUGCCGCGCUAACAGGAGCUGCAUUAGCAGCCAGCGCGGCGUUGGUCAAUGCGGGCAGCGCUCGGUUUGCUGCAAUAGGACUAGCCGCAGCAGUGGCGGCAGAUGCGGCCGGCCUUCAACCAGCGCCUUACUCUUUGUUGGCCGAUAUGUUUGAUUACGAGUUUCGAAGCUGCGCGCUAAUGCUGGCAUCGGCUGGUGCGAACGCUGGUAACACGUUGGAGUCAGCGAUUUUCCCGGCUGUGGUGUCAGUGGGAGGCCUCACUGCAGCCCUGGGGCUCGGUGCCGCCGUCACACUCGCCUACGCGGUAUUUGCAGCAUGGACCGUUCCCGAAACCAAAGGUCGAACUCCUGAGGAGAUCUACAAAAUACUUUGCCCUAACUACGAACCUGAUUGUGAAACUGGCGCGGAAGACCAGAGUAAAGUUGAUCCAUCUAACGAUAACGUAGUAAUGGACGAAAAAUUAUCGCUAGAUGAUAACUGCAAGAUUGACCGAACCACUUCUAGAACAAAAAAAUUCAAUGACAAACGAGAGAAAUGUCAUCAAAAUAAACGAGACCCUUCUUAUCGAAUUGAUAAAAUGAGCGACCGAGACGCUGACAGGGAAAUUAUACACAAGCAAAUUAUUAGCAACAUGCUUAGCGAAUCUUAUUUAAGUUGCUGUAAUAUUCACAAUAAUAGUAAAAAUGACACUGAAAAAUACUCUAAAGACACUGCAGAAGAUACGCGUGAAGAAGAGAAAAAAUGCAAAAGCAAAAAUAACAUUUUUACCAUAAAAACGUAUUAUAAACAAAGAGAUUUUGACGAUUAUUUAGAUUGAUCAUGGUAAAAGAUGUAAAAAUAAACUAUGGUUAAACAG